AUGCCGGGGCUUAAGCCCAAAACAGAGAUCAAGUUGAGGGUAAACCGACUGACCGACAGUCAGAAACUGGCAGUUGGAGGGCCGCUGCAGUGCAGGCGGGACGGGGGAAUACCGAGAGCGACCAACUUUGUCCAUAAGGCGAUCUGCGGGUUUUGCAUUGGUAUGCACGAUCCCCAGCGGUUCCAGGAUCCCGAAUCUCAGAUUUCAGGAUCUGCCAGGCUAUCAGAUGUGGACAAGACAGUCACUCCUGACCCCAUGAGUGUCUCUGUUGGAAGGGCUCACCCAUGGUUGAGCAAAUGA